GGCCGACGACAACAAGUUAGCAAUCGGUGCCGAUCCACUCAAAGCCGUCAGAGAGCUGCGCGCGGAGGCCUGCCGUGCAGAGCGGGAAGGUGCGAACCACGCCCAAAGCGGCAACGGGGGAGGGGAUGAAUGGGGAAGAGAAGAGAAGGGAUGGGGGGAAGCAACGAUGGCAAGACACUUCUGGCUCUCGUGACCCCUGGUUGUUGAAGCUUAUCCGCGGUGCGUCGCCGAAGCUGCUGCAAACCACAUGCUCCGUGUCCUGCGGCGCCGUGAUGCAGCUGGGUGCGGUGCGCCAGUCCAGCUCCAAGGACGCGCAGAAGCAGAAGCUCAGGCGGGCUUCGGGCGUUUCGGGCGGGCCUCUCGCUUGGGCGAAGGCCCCUGCCGAGGCGCCCGUCAAGGCCUGCCCCGCCCCCCGCCGCCGCGGCGAAGAGACCCAUGCCGUGGUCCCGUUGGUGAUUUGAGUCCUGCGCUGGUGAAUGAUCGCUGUGGGGAGGUUUUCCUCAUAGGACGUGCCGCCCGUCAAAGCAACAACCGCCCAGCGCCACCACCUAACCAAGGCCGCCUAGCGUUUGCCCUUGCUCUGCCCAGGUUGUUCGAGCGUCUCCCGUACAUGCAAGCCGUAUGUUGCUUGGAAGCGUGUUGGGAUGAGUUUCUCCAAUGCGUAGGCGUCUACGCAUGUCUGCGUCUGGCAUUCGUGGACAUAGCCAAUGGUCCACUUACGCAUGAACUCCACCGUCGC